GACUCAUACGCACUGCGCGUGUGCACCCUCACCCACUCGGCUGGCCCUUAGGCCGCUUGAGUUUUCCCUUCCAUAUCUGGUGUUUAAUGCCGUCUCUAGCCUGCCUUGUGCCACACACAUCUGGGUUUCAGCGCCGUGUGUCUGUGGCAUUCCUGGCUAAAGAAAGAGGCGGAAGUGACUGCUAGCGGGACUGCUAUGUGGAGGAUGGGUGCUGAAGCGGGAAAGACUGGAUCAGUUUCAUGUAGCCUAAGGGUGGCCUUGAGCUGGCAGAGAUACAUCCAUCUCCUCCAACCUCCCAACCCCCAUCCUAGGAUUAAAGGAACAGUGACCCGUAGGCAAAUGGACAGAGAAUUCAGGGACUGACAAGAACCAAACUUGAGACUCCAUAAGAAAUUGGCUCCAGACUGAUCUGUCACAUCCGGGACCCUGACAGAGAAGCAUGGGACUCCAGAAUUUGCGAUCUCUGCAGCUGCUCUGCCUCUUAGAGGCCAUCUCUUUAUUGCCUUGGACUGGAGCUCUUUUGUGCUAUGAGGCGACAGCUUCGGCCUUCAGAGCUGUGACCCUGCAUAAGUGGAACUGGCUUCUCUUGAGGAGCAUGGUGUGUAACCUGAAAGAGGGUUGCGAGGAGACGAUAGUGUACAUUGAGACAGGGAACAGCAGGGGAGUUGUGAGCUUUAAAGGCUGCACCUCAGCCUUAUCUUAUCCCCCACAAAUCUCCUACCUCGUGUCUCCACCCGGAGUGACGGUCGCCUCCUACAGCAGGGUCUGCAGGACCUAUCUCUGCAACAAUAUAACCAACUUGGAGCCCUUUGUGAGGCUGAAGGCCAGUGAGCCUAAGUACACAGCGCCUUCUGCCAAAUACUGUCCAACCUGUGUGGGCAGGCAUGACCAGGAGUGUCUUCCAAACUUUGUCACCACAGAGACCUGCCCCUUCUCUGCCUCUUCGUGUUACAGUUCCACCUUAAAGUUUCAGGCAGGGAAUCUCAAUACUACCUUCCUCAUAAUGGGCUGUACUCGUGAAACAAACAAGCUUUUAGAACAUUUUCAGCAUAUUGGAAGCAUUAGAGUGAGUGAGGUCGUCAACAUCCUAGACAAGUCCGAGACUGUUGGUGCAGGGCACUGUAGUCAAGGUCCUCCGUGGAGCAUCCUCUUAAGCCCUCUGCUCAUCUUCAGAGACUGACCACCCAGCGAGACUGGACACAUACCAGAUCCCCUUGUCUAUGGAAUAAAACAUGGAAUUAUCCUUG